AUGUCCGACUCAACCCUCUACCUGUAUACCUCUCUGACCGCGGGGUCGUCCCAUAUCGUCACUGCCACCGCACGUCUGGAGACUAUCCUCAAGGCCAACAAGCUCCCUUUCAAGGCCCUUGACGUCGCCACCGAUGAAGCGGCCCGCAAGCUCUGGGGCCGCCGUGCCAAGGGCAAGAAGCUGCCGGGCCUAGUGAAAUACGGCACCGUCGUCGGUGACCUGGAGCAGAUCGAGGAAUGGAAUGAAUUUGGUGAACUGCGCAUGGAGGUCAACAACGUUCAGGAUCUGGACGGCGUGUCUGCCACUGCCACUACCCCCGCCCCGCUCGACACGCAAGCCGCGAACAAGCCGACCGAGACCGAGCCUGCAACCCCGAAGCCAUCCACUAUCAAGAUCCAAAGUCCCCCUGCGACCAAACCGGCAGAGAAGAAAGACGAGCAAGCUGUACUGGCGCUGCGGCAGGCCAGCUCGGAAGCAGCAGCCAAGGCAAAGGACAAGUCUGAGGAAAAGAAGAAGGAGGCAUCCAGCGCCGAGCCCACCAAGAAGGUAGACGCGGAGGUGGCUGAGAGCAAGCCCGUCGCCGUGCACCGCGGCUCCGUGGCCGCCGAGCUGCCAGACACGGCUCCCCAGUCCCCCAAGGGCCCGAAACGCCCACCUCUUGUGCCGGAGAUGGCGGCGGAGUCGUCGGCGAACUUCCAUGCCGACAAUGUUGAAGCCCUGGGCCUAGUCCAGCAUCAUCGGGGAUCUAUCAUCUCGGCCGGCGAUAAGGGGGAGCAAGAGAAGGCGGUAAAUGUGAUCCGGCAGUCGAUCUCAUCGCAUGAACCGGAGGUGUCGUUAGAUGGAAUUCGCAAGGAGGCCGCGCAGAAGGCGCAAGAGGAGAAGAUUGAGGAGGAGACGAUUGAGGAAUCGAAGCCGAGUGCUGAAGCGAUCAAAGAUGAUACCAAGGAUGAGGAUGAGGGCGAAUCCAAGGAGGAACCUAAGGCUACUGAUCCGGCUCCGAAAGAGGACUCGCAGCCCGAUGAGGAUUCCAAGGCUGCCGAGGCUACUCCGGCCCCCGAGUGA